AUGAGUUCAUCAACAAUUGAAACUAGACGUAGCUCAAGGUCAAAUAAAGGUCAACAUUCAAGAAGAGAAUUCGAUACAUUUUUAAAUGAUUUAAGUGAUGAGGAACCAAAAAGUAAAAAAAAGAAGACAGAUAAAGAUGUUGAAGAAUUUAAUAAUUUUGAAUCUGAAGAUGAAGAUUUUACUGGUGAUGAAAUUGUAAGAUGUACUCCCUGUGGUGCAAAUCAAGAUAAUUAUGAUGAAGAAAAUGAUGAAUUAGGAGAAAUGAUAGAAUGUGAAAAAUGUAAAACUUGGCAGCAUUUACAAUGUAUGGGUUUAAAAAAAGCUCCAAAAUCUGAUUAUUUAUGUAAUUUAUGUUUAGGAGAUAAUUCAAAAAUAGAACCACCUAUAGCAACAAGAUCAUCAAGAAAAAUAUCGACUUCAUCAACUACAAUUGUUCCAAAGAAAACGAAAUCAAGAUCUAAAUAUGAUUUAUCUAAUCCAAUUGAAGCUUUAAAAGAUGAUUUAAGAAUUAGUACAGCCAAGGCAUUUUAUAACUUCUUCAAAAAGUCAUAUCCCGAAGAUGAUAAGGAAGCAACUGAAGAAACUAAAGAUUCUAAAGCCCUUGAAUUAACUUUAAAAAUUGAAGAAAUUAUUCAUUCAGAAUAUCCAGGUCAAAAAAAUUAUACAGCUGAAUCUCGUAGGGUAUUAUUUUUAUUAAAGAAACAUUUUACAAAAGAUUUAUUUGCUGGUACUAUUACUUUAGAAGAUGUUGUUAAGAAAACACCACAAGAAAUUAAUGAAGAUAUUGCAAAAAUUGAAUUACAAAAUAAAGAAAAUAUUAAAAAUAUUGUUUUAAUUGAAAAUGAUCAAUCUCAAAUUAUAAGAAGAACUCACAAAGGUGAAAUUAUAAAAGAAAAUGAAAAUGAGCAACAAGAUUUAACUAUUGAUGAUUCAAUAAGCACAAGAAAAGUAGAUCAUCGUAGAUUUUCAAGUGAAAUCGAUUCAAAAUCAAAUAUAAUAAGUGAAGAUCAAAAAGUAUUGAAUAAUUUUAAUCCAACAGUUCCAGAAAUAGAAGAAGAGAGUCAAUCAGAAUUGAAAACACAACCGAAAUCGAAACCGAAACCGAAAACAAAAGAAACUAAAAAAGAAGAAAUUGAGCAAGAACCAGGAGAUGAUAAAUAUAAUCCAGAUUAUAUAUCAGAUGAUGAUGAUGAACAAGAAGUAAACAAUAAUGAUUCAGUUUCAGAUCUUUUAUGGUCCGGGAAUAUAACCUAUGAACCAAUUUCAAGUUGUGAUUUAAAUGGAAAAUUUUAUUCAACUACAAAUUCAUCAAAAGAAGCAUCUAUAAAAACCAUAAAAGAAAUUUUAUAUCAUUCAAAAUAUAAAGUUAUAGGAAGGUUACAAACUAAAAUAGCUGAUGAUUAUUUAAAUAAAGUUUUAAUAACUAGAGAUUUAUUAUUUGUUAAAUUAGAACCAACUACCCCCGAUCAAAGUGAAAGUUUUUCUAAAUUAUUGGAUUAUUUUUAUAAUCAUGAAAGAGUUGGGGUCUUACAUGAUAAACCAGGUUUUGUUAAAGAUGCAUAUAUAAUGGCUGUUGAUUUCUCCAAACAAGAUUUACCAUAUUAUCUUAAUAAAUAUAAACAAGAACCAAUAAAAGGUUUAUUUGCAGUAUAUGUAGCUAAGAAAGAUUAUAACAACCCUCAAAAUCAACCACAACAGAAUAAUGCGUUACAGAAUAUCUUAUCACAAUUAUCAUAA